GACCUGUAUUGAAGUAAUCCACUGUAAUAAUUUAUCCUUAGAGAAAAUAUAUACAUUUUUCAGCUGAUAAAUGAAAAUGUGCAAUCAGUCAUCAAAUACUAAAAAGCCGAUUCGUGUAUGGGUUGAUGGAUGUUUUGACUUAGUUCAUUUUGGACAUGCAAAUGCUCUUCGUCAAGCUAAAGCUCUUGGUGAUCAACUUAUUGUUGGAAUUCAUUCUGAUAAGGAAAUUACUAAACAUAAAGGUCCACCAGUUUUUCAUGAAGAAGAACGUUAUCGGCUUAUCAAAGCUAUAAAAUGGGUAGAUGAGGUUGUAGAAGAUGCUCCAUAUUUUACUUACUUGGAAACUUUAGAGAAAUAUUCUUGUGAUUUUUGUGUACAUGGAGAUGAUCUAGUUGUAUCCAAUGAUGGAUCAGAUCCAUAUGCUGAAGUUAAAGCAGGAAAUCGUUAUAGAGAAGUAAAACGAACUGAAGGUAUAUCAACUACAGAAUUAGUAUCAAGAAUGUUAAAACGGAUUCGUCGAUUACAAGACAAGGGUGUGUAUGCAUCACAGUCAAGUUCAGGUACAGAACAGUCAAUUCGACGUACGCAAUCAUUAGAUUCUAUAUUGAAAACUAAAGACAGAUUUACUCAUCCUUGUAAGAUGAAUGAAUCAUUAUCACCUAUUUAUCCUGGAUUCAAUACAAAUUGCAUGAAUGGUGAUGAUGUAGAUUCUGUUGGUGUUUCCAUUUGGUCUACAGGUGGUAUGACAUAUAUGCCAAAUAUUCUACGAAUUAGUCAGUUCUGCGCUGAUCAAUUCCGUGAACCUGGUCCUAACGAUAUAGUGGUCUAUGUACCGGGUACAUUUGAUCUAUUCCAUAUUGGUCAUCUAUCCUUCCUUGAACAAUGUUUAAAACUUGGCAAUUAUAUACUGAUUGGACUACAUUCAGACAAAACAUCAUCAUUCGAAAGUGGUCGAAUGGGGUCAAUCCUUACCCUUCAAGAACGAUUGUUGUCUGUAUUAGCCUGUCGUUACGUAAGUAAUGUGAUUAUUGAUGCACCGUAUGUUAUUCCUGCAACCCUUUUGGAUCAUUUCAGAGUAAAUUAUGUAGCAAUCGGUUGGGAUAAAAACCUUACCCCAACACUUGAAGGCUUAGAUCCAAUGAUGAUUUGCAAAGAACGUGGUAUUCUUCGUAGGAUAGACAGUGGAUGCAAUGUGACCACGUCAAUGGUUAUAUCUCGUAUUAUGAAAAAUAGGUUGCUUUAUGAAGAACGAAAUAAGAAAAAAGUGAAUAAAGAACUUCAAUUGGCCAAUAUACUUUCAACUAAUUCUAAACUGUUGAACUGAUAAUUUCCAGUUUAAUCUAUUAUCGUCCAUGUUAUUAUCAUUAUUGAUAGUUUUAUUUCUAUAUUGAAGUGUUUGUUAUUCAUUCAUCCAACUUUUCUAAAACUUCCCAUGCAAUUUGUGUUACUUCUUAAAGAGAGAUUCUUUAUAAUACUGAGAAUUCUGUUGGUUCUGAAUAAUAAUGAUAAACAAAUAUAUUAUCACCAUAAGUG